AUGUUUUACAAUAAAUGGUUUACCAUUGGAGGAGCUUCACCAUCCAAGUUACUCUCUUCUAAGAGUUCAUUUUUUACCAGAAACAGUACUCAAUUGCAGAGGACAGCAUUGAAAGGUCAAUUCUUUGGUGCUAAUUUGAAAAUAAAAAAUACCUGUAUUAAUCAAAGAAAUGCAAUUGCUCAAAUAAAUAAUGUGAGAUCUUUUUCAACUACUUCACUGAUAAGAUCAAGGUUUAAUCCUAUGUCAGGUGAAAACUCAUCCAACCGCUAUGUUAGAUUGAACAGAUUCCAACAGUAUCGUCAAAAUGAUAGAGGCACUAACUCCCUUCGAAAUUUAACAAUCUUUGGUGCAUCUUUAAUGGUUGGUAUUUAUUUUGGUUCUCCCUAUUUAUUCGAAUAUGUUCCGCCAUUUAAUCAUUUUAAAAGGAAUCCAUCUCACUUGGUUUAUACAAUAUUGGGUUUGAAUGUAGUUGUUUUUGGUCUCUGGCAAUUACCCAAGAAUUGGCGUUUCUUACAAAGGUAUAUGUUGUUAGAAAAAUCAAAUAUUUAUAGCAAAUGGUCAUUGAUCGGCAGUGCAUUUUCACAUCAGGAAGGUUGGCAUUUGGCUAUGAACAUGUUAGCACUAUGGUCGUUUGGUACUUCUUUAUGUAGCAUGUUAGGUGCCUCGAAUUUCUUUUCAUUAUAUAUGAAUAGUGCAUUAGGGGCCUCGUUAUUUUCCUUGUGGUAUCCAAAGAUUGCACGUUUAAUGAUGAUGGGUCCAAGUUUAGGUGCAAGUGGUGCUUUAUUUGGUAUCUUUGGUUGUUUUUCAUAUCUAUUUCCUCAAGCCAAGAUUUUACUUUUCGUUUUCCCUAUUCCAGGUGGUGCUUGGGUAGCAUUUUUAGCUGCUAUGGCUUGGAAUGCAGCAGGUUGUGCAUUAAGAUGGGGUACAUUUGAUUACGCUGCACAUUUAGGUGGUUCAAUGAUUGGUGUUGCAUACGGAUGGUACAUUAGCCAAGUGACAAGAAAAAACAGAGAACGUAGGAUGGAAAAAAUGUCUAGAUGGAUUUAA